CCACUUGUCUGCAGCAGCAGCAGCAGCAGCAGCAGCAGCUGUGGACACGCCGCAUGUCUGAGCAGAAACUCACCGUGCAACCACAACCCGAGGAAGAUGACAGAGAAACGAGGCAGUGAAGCGGUCUGUGUGCAGAGGGAUCUGGUUCUGAGUUUAUUUUAAGUUGGCCUCACAUGAACUGAGUGAAAACAGAAAAAGAGAGGAGCUCCCUCACCAUGGCGGUAGAAGGAGAACUAAGUGGAUAAAAGAAGGCAGAGAGCAAAUGAAGGAGUCAGACAGGGAGGGAAGACAUAAGAGAUUAUGAGCUAAUCCAGUUCAGGGACAAUCCUCAAGGAGCCUAAUCUUUCUUCUCGGGGUGAUGCAGACUAAACACUAUCUGGAUUACGCUGCUUUGAAUCCGUCUACCAAGACAGCGUUCCUUUUUUUUUUUUUUGUUAAAAGCAGAUUGUUUUCAUUGAUUGUCAAAGAUGUGACAGUGUGGGACACAGAACCGAACCUGGGGACGAAGAAGUCUGGCAAAAGACCUUGUGAUCUCUGUGGCGCACACAUGGAUAAAUCUUUUUACUGUGAAUCAGGACAUGCUGGUGGAUAUCACUCUCUCUGACUGAACACUGAAGAAGAAGAGUGCAGAACAACUUACGGGAAGAGACACAUCAAUUAAACACACGCACAAAAACUACAAAAUGGACCCUAUACUGGAAUUCAAAACGAACUGACAUGUCAUCAAGACGCUCUCAUUGGAAUUAAAGGGAAAUUACACAACGCUUCUUCCACAAUGAGUCUGGGAAAGCUGCCAGGGAUUAAGGGCCUUGUGUCUGGCUCUCAAGGGAAACGUCGCUUCAAGAGCGAUCUCUCUGUGGACAUGAUCAGCCCGCCGAUGGGCGAUUUCCGACAUACUAUGCAUGUUGGCCGUGGUGGGGAUGUGUUUGGUGACACGGCCUUCCUCAGCAACUAUGGUGGCAGCAAGGAGCCGGGAAGUCCAGACUCUGCAAACAGUUCCAAGUCUACAGGCUUCUUCACGCGCACCUUUCGGCACGUACGGAAAACCUCUGGGCCACGACCUCGGGGGGGCUCCCGGGACUUGUCAUCCCCUCCGCCAGACGUCUCGCCCAUAAUCAAGAAUGCCAUUUCCCUGCCCCAGCUCAACAUGGACUCUCCCAACGGGUGCCUACAGAGGGUGGUGUUCUCCAGCUCUGUCAGCUCAACAGACGACUCCUUCUGCACAUAUGGUCUGCAGUCUGGGUUUGUCACUCUGCCUCGUCUUUCUCGUCUUGACAGACACUUUCAGGAUGGAGAUGUCCAGAAAGUGUCUCUACCAGUUAGCAGUGACUUUACACUGACACGCUCAGACUCCCUCUCCUCAUUCACUGUUGACCUCGGCCCUUCCCUCAUGACUGAGGUGCUCAGCUUGAUUGACAACCCCAGCUGCCUGCAGAUAUCCAACCACAGCGAGGCGGAACAUGCAGGAAGAGAUGAUGAGGAAGAUGAGGACGACAGCUCUCCAACAGAGACGCCUGUGCAGAGCCCUGAGGUAACUUCACCCAACCCUUCCAUGGGCAGCGGCUCUCUCUGCAGGAGCAACAGAGGGCGCUCUUGUAGCUCAAACUGGACAGAGCAAGAGGAGGACAGGAGCUCUCAGAGGACACCAGAUGCCUCCACUGGGUCUCCACAGAGAGUGGAGCCUGUGAUGGAGGCGGAGAGGUUCCAGAAGGCAGCUGACCUGCUCUCCCGUCAUUAUGGCGGAGGGUCCUUCACAAAGAGAACGGCGACGUGCAACACCACCACUUCUGCUGUUUCCUCCAGCCACAAAACACCAUAUGUUCUCUCUGAGGAGGAGGAAGAGGUCAAGGUCUAG